AAACUAUCUGGCGAUGGAUAAGCGCGAGAGAAUGAUAUCGUCUUUAUACAAGUACGUAUUGGGUACCUAGUUUUAAUGCGGAAAUUAGGAGGGAAAACUGGACUCUAGUUGACUCGUGCGCAUUUUGUGGUGGCGGGCUCAAGAAAAUUUUGAAUCGCUUGAUUAUUCGGGCACGCAUCGGAAAUACGAAACGUGUUGUUUUAAAACGAGAGAAAAAGGACCUUGAUAGGAUUAUCCGAAUGUUAUGGAAUGCCAUUAAAUUACUGGAUGUUUGAACGUGCCAACAAGUUAGUUUGUCGGUGAUAAAGCAGGGGGAGAUGACCGGAAAAUCGCGAUUGCAACACGCCAACAAGCUGAACUUCGUCGAAUGUACACAGUCACCUUUUCAUGAUACGAUUUAAGUUGAUCUAUUGGAUAUGAAUCCAGACAGAGCUGGGCGAAUUCCGCCGCCUACGAGGAGACUUGUAGUACGGAAAGCGAACAGCCAUCGAGACUUGCGUCCUAUUACAGAAAGGGCAACGCUCGAGAAAGUCUUAGGGCUGACAGUGUCCAGAAAUGCUUGCCUCGCUUGCGAUCCAGUGUCCGGUUUAGUGGCGUAUCCGGCUGGAUGUGUAGUGGUCUUGUUCAACCCCAGGAAAAACAAGCAAAGUUUUGUUCUCAAUACAUCCAAAAAAACGAUCACUUCAGUAGCCUUUUCUGGUGAUGGCAAAUAUUUGGCAACAGGCGAAAGUGGUCACAUGCCAUGUGUGCGAGUCUGGGAUAUGGAAGAUCAGUCCCAUCCACAGAUAUCAGAGAUGGCAAAGGGACAUAAAUUUGGUAUUGCAUGCGUGGCAUUUUCUCCUAAUUUAAAAUAUGUGGCAUCUGUUGGAUUCCAGCAUGAUAUGAUUGUCAAUAUUUGGAACUGGAAGACUGGUACAAAGGUUGCGAGCAAUAAGGUUUCAUCAAAGGUGUCUGCACUAUCAUUUUCUGAAAAUGGUAGCUUCUUUGUAACUGUUGGUGUCCGUCAUGUCAAAUUUUGGUAUUUUGACACUGAGUCAAAUAAAUCAAAGGUCUCCAAGACACUGGUCAUCAAUGGCCGAGCUGCACUUUUAGGAGAACAAAGAAACAAUACUUUCUGUGAUGUUGCUUGUGGCCGCGGAGUAAACUCUGAUAUAACUUACUGUGUAACCAAUUCAGGGCUGUUGUGCUCUAUUAACAGCAAGAGAGUACUUGACACCUGGGUCGAGCUCAAGUCAUCUAAAGCACAUGCCUUAGCUGUGAGUGAACAUUAUAUCAUAUGUGGAUGUGCAGAUGGAAUAAUAAGAGUAUUUAAUCCUUUGAAGUUACAGUUCAUUGUAACUAUUCCAAAACCUCAUUUUCUGGGUGUUAAUGUAGCUGAAGGCAUUGACUCCAGUAAUCCACUAUCAAAGCCAGAGAAGGCAGUUUAUCCAGAUGCAAUUGCUGUAGCCCUUGACACUGUUAACCAUAGGUUGGCUUGUGUUUACAACGACCACAGCUUGUACACAUGGGAUGUGAAAGACAUGAAAAAAAUUGGAAAAACAUGGUCUUCUCUUUAUCAUAGUACAUGUGUGUGGGGAGUGGAGGUGUACCCUAAUGUGUCAGAUAAUCGCCAGGCAGCCCUUCCUCCAGGCUCAUUCUUAACUUGUUCAGCUGAUGAUACUGUUAGAGUGUGGAACAUUGAAGAAGGAACAAGUAUCUUAUUUGAGAGGAAUGUUUACAGCAAGGAGAUGAUGAGAGUAUUGUAUAUGGAAGAUGCAGUAGCCAACUUGAAAGAUACUGACAUCAGUCCAGCCAUAAAGAACAUGCGUGAUUCCACCGGUGACACACGGAAUGCUGGGGUGAGAUGUCUUCGUAUUAGUCCGGAUGGACAGGCACUUGCUACUGGAGACAGAUCAGGGAAUGUCAGGGUGUAUGACUUGAUGUUCUUUGAUGAGACUGCAAAAAUUGAAGCGCACGAGUCAGAGGUUUUAUGUGUAGAGUUUUCACCCACAGACUCGGGUCAUAAAUUACUUGCAUCAGCCGGGCGAGAUCGACUUAUUCACGUCUUUGAUAUGAUGAAUAACUUCGUUCUUGUUCAGACAUUGGAUGAUCAUUCAGCGUCAAUAACCUCCAUCAGGUUCAACAUGUCUGAAUCUGAUGAAUUACAGCUUUUGAGUUGUGGAGCGGACAAGUCUAUUAUAUUCAGAACAGCUCAACAGAACCCAGAAUUUCAGUUUGUUAGGACCACAAAUUACGUCGGGAAAACAACACUGUAUGACAUGGAUAUUGAUCCGUCGGGAAAACUUGCGGCGACUGCUUGUCAGGACAGAAAUGUCAGGGUUUAUGAUGUAAACAGCGGAAAGCAAACAAGAAACUACAAAGGCACACCGGGAGAUGACGGAACAUUAGUAAGGAUAACUCUGGACUCGUCAGGAACAUACGCAGCCACAAGCUGUUCAGAUAAGAGUGUGUGUCUGACAGAGUUUGACUCUGGUGAAUGUGUCGCCAGCAUGUCCGGUCAUUCUGAGGUGGUGACUGGCUUGAAGUUUUCUGUUGAUUGCAAGAAUCUUAUUUCUGUUGGAGGGGAUGGAUGCAUCUUUUUGUGGAAAAUACCUACAACAUAUAUGCAGAAUAUGGUGGAGAAACUUCAGGGACUUGGACAAGAACCAGACAACAAAAUCCAGUUUGGAACUCCUAUCAGGCGCGAGACAUACCAAAUGACUCAUCCAUCCAUAAUUGAAUCACCAGAGGAGAACGACUUUGUCCCUGCAGAACCUUCGGCAUUUACCAGGCCAACUAGAGAGCCCAGUCCCCCAGUCAAAGAUUACCGGUUUAGCGUGGGUCAGUUGCCUGCCUGGGCGAAAAAGCAGCUGGUCGCCGAAGGAAAUGAAAAAACUAGUUUAUCGCCAGAGCAGGAUAACACUGGUCCAAUAAGUCAACCUGGAGGGCGCUGGGCACAGCGAGUCCAAAAUGGCGGUAUUCAUGUGGCUGGUGAUAAUGGCACGAUACAACCAAUUCCAUUCUCAUUUGAACCAGCAGAUCGGAAGCGCUAUACAAUAGAACCCAUCUCACUGCAGGAACAAGUCAGAGCUCUGGCAAACAGCCCUCUCGAGAGACGUUGCUCACUUACACGAGGGGAAGAUGAUGAUCUGUUUCCCGCGGAUGGUCGAGCAGCUUUGGAUAAACUGAGCGAGGAGGAAGAUUAUAAUGAGGGAACCGCUCCACCUGGUGUCACCGUGUCACGUGGCAGUGACGUCAUGGCGCAGGUCUCACGGAAAAGUAGUGUUGUGAUGUCAGAAGCUGGAGAGCUCAAAUUCGAGGAAGCUGAGGAGCUGGACGAGGGAGAAAUGAAAGAAGUGAUCAUCUACCUUCCUCCAAGCCAGGAUGACUUCGACAGUGAAGUUGCCAGGUCAGAAAAAUAUCCUUUUUAUGUCCCUAAUGAGGUCCUUCAUCCAUGUGGUGCUGGGGCAAGUUGCGUCCUUAAGGACCUACCCCAAGACGUAGGAGUGGAAAUGAGGCCGGCCCGUUACGACUCCAAGAGCCCUUUGUAUGCCUAUUCGAUGCGAGAGUUAGGUUGCAAGGUCGAAAAACGGUCCUUGUUAAAUGAGAUCUUACUCAGAGCUCUUCGGGAAAUGGAGCCAAGUGUAGGGUCCUUUUCAGACGGCCAUGUUAUUAAAAGUUUUUAUCCAAGGAAAGGAAAGGUUCCCUCGACUAAGCUUUUCAGCGUUUUAGCGCCUUCUGGACAAGACAAAAAGUUAAAUUCCAAACAAUUUAAUGAAAGUUUUUGUGCAAAGUCAUGCUUUAUUGAAGUGACUAACUCUAACUUAAACCCAACCGUUAAUAAAACAUGCUUUAAAUUGAAUUCUUCUACUGUUGAUAAUAUAAAGUUUGAACGCUGUAAAGUCGAGAUAAAAAACCUAUCGGAAAACAAGAAUGGUCCUGGCAACAGAAAUUCUAACGUCUCCAAACAUUCAGAGAGAAGUCUUUGGUUUAAUGGCUUAUUUAACAAGAAGGUGACUUUUGGUGGUCUUGUCUUUAUUAGUCUCAGUUUACUUGGGUAUUACAACAUUGCGGGGAUACAGUAAUUAAAUGAAGAUGAUAAAUUAGCCCUCGCUUUAAACAUAAGAUUAAAUGUUAAAAGGUUAUAGUCAUUACACUGCUGUCAACUACAAAAACAUUUUUUUUAACUUUCCAGUGGCUUAUAAAAUUCCCAGCCAAUCAAAAUUCCAGCAGCCGCACACGCAAUUUCUCAGCACGUGAGUUGCACGUGAGUACUUUGUCUCCACCUCCCCUCCCCUCCCCCUUCCUCCUCCCCUCGCGACAUUAAAGUUGGAUAUUGAUUGGCUGGGCAAUUAGGAAACCAACAAAAAAAAAAAUGUGGAAAAGUUGAAAAAAACCCAACCAACUCUGCAACGAACGGUUUGGAUAUUUAAACAACUUCUUAAAAUAUUAAUUAAGCUCUGUAAAAGAAACUUGAAUCGGGUCUACUUAAACUGAGAUAAUUAGUGUUUAUUAUUGGUCUGUUCUCAGAGGCAUGAGUCUUACUUUAAAUUCUGCGGAUGAAACCCUGUUUGUGUGGUCAUUACUUUCAUGUUAUGUGGUUUGUCUGUCUAAAUUUUGCAAGAUGAAAUUAUGGUUUUUUUCAAUUUUAAACUUUUUCACUCUUGAAAAUGAAAGUGAGAUUUUACUUUGCAUGAUUAUUGUUUUGCCGACAUGUUAAUUUCAACUUAACUAGAAAUAAACACAUAAAUAAAAAGCUAUUUUCGAACUUGUUAUGAAUAAGGUUUAAAGUUAGUUCUAUUUUAAAAUAUAAAAAAAGUAUUUUUACAUAAAAAAAAAUUUGUUGUUAUCUCGAGAGCUAGUCAAAGUUUUUUGAGAACUUAAACCAGUAUAUUUUAAAUUUGAAAGUGUAGCAAUUCUAUUAUUUUAUGAAGAAAUAAAUUUUUAAACAUGUACUCGGUGUGGCUUUUGUUUUUAACUUUCAGCUCUUCUUAACUGAAUCGAUUGUUUGGUAACAAAUAAUGUAAGAAUGUAAAUAUUUCGUUUUUGCCUUAUGAUGUAAAAUUAUAUGCAAGGGUAAAAAGUACCAAAAAUUAAAUCUAAACUUUAUUUAACUCUUAAAACCUUAAAAAAAAAAGUGUUGGAUCUGGAGUAAAAUGACUAGAUGAACAGUAAUUUUUUUAAAAAAUGUUUUAAUCAUGAACACUGACCGCCCAUACAGUAAUUAUUAAACUCUUACUUGAUUGAAUUUUAACAAAGUACUUGUACUUAGAGCGUUUUUCUGGUGACAUUCAUAAAAUUAAUCCCGAAGUAAUCACAGAAUGAACAUUACGGCGGGAAAUUUCAAUAAUCCAUAUAACACGUGACUGGCUGCUAACGCGAGUGGCGGCAAGCGCGGGAAAGUUAACGGGUGCAAAGCGCGGGAAACGUAGUGGAAGCUAUUAUUGAUUUAAUGGUAUUCUUUUUUGGCUGAAAAGGCCAUGAAAGGCAGAACCUUUGCUGUUCUAGGCUCGAGUACAGUGCGCGACUUUCGUAACUUCAAUUCGAAUUCACUUGAAAACGCUCUAAACUAUGUUUAUCUUAAACGUGUGCAACACUUUAAACUUCGUUGCAGUCCCUAUAACUAAAAAGUUCUUAAUAUGACAUAAAGUCGCAUGAUAAAUGAGAUUAAAAUUAAUCUAGAAUUAAUAUCGUAAU